AUGUGUGGCAUCAGCAGAAUCAUCUACCAGCAAAAGUUUGACGAUGUCAACGUGGCCUCGAUAGGACGCAGCUCGUAUGGGGUCCAGGAACAGAGAUCUACCGAAGGUAAUCCUUCUGCAAGGAGUUUGAUGACCAGACUUUCUUCACCUAACCAAGCUGCGGCGCUGAGAAGAUGGCGUCUGAAAUCGAUAGCUGAUUCAUCAACCUCUGCUUCAUUCACAUCUAAAGACGCAACAGCAGGCCAAUAUAUAGUCAUAGCUGGUCGUCGUUCGAUUACCAUCUUGUAA